GGGAGAUCAAGAGUUUUAGAUUGGGCUAAAGCAAGAUUGAGUAUAUGGAAUGCAGGUUUGAUAGAGGUAGAAGUAGUGGUAACAGUGAUAUUACCUUUUGAUGGAUAGAAGACGAUGAACUAUAUAUGAAGAUGUAUCACAUAUAAUCAUAACUUGGUGAAUGAAAUGGAAGAGUGUGUCAGGUUUUGUAUGUGAUCGAGGUAUGUCGAUUAGACUAAAUGGUACAUUAUUUUAUCGACAAUAAUUGCCCGCAUUACUGUACUCUCUUUGAGCCAGGUCCACAUUGAGGCAGUAAUUGGCUUGAGAGGUUAGUUGCCAUCUGACUGGCUUGGUGUUCAUUUUUGUUUUAAUGAGUGUAUAUCCUUGUCAAAUUGGAUGGAUUUUCUGCCUGCAUGAACUGUGCACCAGUUCGUGAGUAAAUUUGUUGAUAUUUUUGAUUGUUUGUUUUGUUGAAAAUGGCUUGUUGUCCCAAAUUAAUUGGUUGUAUGAUUUCCAUGCGAACUACAUGACUGUCCGUGGUAGUAUUUGUCUGAGUGAGUUUCUAAUAGUGUUUGUUUGACCUCUUUGCCACGAUCUAAAAAGUGUUUGUCGAAGUUCUGGGUGCGUGGUUGUACCUACCUGCAAAAAGUUAUAAAAGAAAUUCCGAAUGAGUCUUAUGUUUGAGCAGUUGAACAAGCAGUGGUCUGAUCGAAGAUUAAAGCGGGUGAGGUUUUCAGGCAAUUUUCGAUGAAUUUCCAAAGUAGCAGUUUGAGUUUGAGUUGUCGUUUGGUGUUCCAAAGGUUCGUUUGAUGCAUGGUUAGCGCUUAUGAGGGAUCCGAGAAUUGACCAUCUGGGGAUGGUUUCUGAAUCAUGUGAUCAUCUCUUAAGACUGUUAGACCUUUGUCUAUCGUGUGUGUUCGACAUAUCUGUUUCCAAAUUGCGGAAUUUGUGAGUUUGUAUGUCAGUGUUUUUGACCCAGAGUAUCUGAUUUGCAUGAACUUGGUCCAUAAUGAUUUGCCCUGUUGGUCUGUCCACCAAUUUUUACGGUGCAAGGAAGCUUGGAUGUCUGAGAUGACAUAUUUUUGCCCAGCUUUUCUAAUUGUAAUUGUUUUUCUCACCUUUAUUUCCCCCAAAAAAAUUGGCCAUAACUCUGUAGGCCAAUUUACGUGUGUGUAGGAAUGUUUGCUUCUGCGGCCAAGUGGUUUAGAGGUAUGCCUGAUGGAGAGGAUGUGUUUGAUUAGAAUGAGUCUGCCAGCUUGACUGAAUAAUUUUUUCAACGUGCUGAGUCUGAGUUCAAAUUGUUCCACAAUGUUAAUGCAAUGAUGUGAUUCCUUGGUGCAAGCUAUCUCUUGGCUAGGUACGUCGCUAGUAGGGUGGUGGUGCCAUGCCCGUUAUGGUUUCCAUCUAUUGAGCGUUUUGUGUUUCUGCCAAUGUAUAUUGUUCUCUUCUUGAACUUCAGACCUGAAAUAUUUAUUGACAACAAGUAUAUACUUCGUAUUAAUUUUGAUCAGUAUCAACACUUAAUACAUAAGGAAAGUGGGAAGUUGUUUUGGGACGGAGGGAGUAUAACCAAUUUAGAUAUUACACAACUUAUACAUCCACAAGUGGUACAUCGAUUUUCAAAUCCACUGCUUGGCAUGUUAUAGAAAACACUCAUUUAAAAUUUCAGAAAUUAAGCUAACAAAUAAUCAUCGGUAAAAAGACAGGAAUUUCUGUAUCAUACAAUGCCCCAACCCCACCACCAACCCAUAAUGGUUGCAUACGUGAUUGAAAUUGUACAUCAAAAAUGCUUUUCACAUCACUACACACUAUAUAUACUCCCAAUUUUUUUUUUCAAUUUUGCUAUGGGUACCCCAAAAGGUACCCCAUAUUUACCCCAUAUAAAAACCUUCCCCACUUUUAUUCUCCCCCCCCCCCCUCCCUCUUUCUCCUGCACCCCCACCUCUCUUCCUCCCUCCCUCUCCUCUUUUUUCACGUACCCCCUUCCCCUUUCUUCUCCAUUUCAAGAUAUUUCUCCUUCUUUAAAACUUCCCAUUUUUACCAUUUUUACCACCCUUCAACCUCCGAUCUUCUCAUGCUUUUCUCCUCUUCCACCGGUGACGUUGCCGACGGCGGGCCUAUGCCGGUUGCCGUUUCGGAUGCAUCCUCAAGGGAAGACAACGACGAAGACAUACCAAGAAACUUUGAAUAGAUUGAGCAAUAGAUCGGUCUUCUUUUCUUGAUUUUGUUUUCUUGAGUUUUGAUGUAUUUUUGAAAUAAAAGGGGUUGUCUGUCUGACAGACAACUUGUAAGUGUAGUGUCUGUAAGAGUCGUGAAAGUGUCUGUCAUUUGAAAACUAAAUGUCUGUAAUUGAUAUUUUAUUGUUUGUUAUUUGUUUAUUAGUUGUCUGUAUUUGUUUUGAGUUGUCUGUCAUGUUGUUGUGAGGUGUCUGUAAGAGUCGAGAAGUUGUCUGUAACUCAUAUUUAGUUGUUUGUCAUUUCAUUGUGAGUUGUAUGUAAUUUGUGGUGAAAAAUAAUGUCUGUCUGAUUAUCUCUAUUGUCUGUCUAGUGAUACGUAUUGUCUGUCUUUUUUAUGAAACAUAUGCCAAAAUGGUAAUUCACAAUAAAGUAGUGUCUGUAUGUGUAUACUUAUUGUUUGUAUGUGUAUAUUUAAUGUCUGUCUCGUUAUACUAAUUACAUCUCAAAAUAUAAACAUCACAAAUUACAUACAGACAACUCAAAACAAAUACAGACAACUAAAAACAUUUACAGACAACUCAAAACAAAUGAAGAACAAUUAACCAUCAAUUACAAACAGACAGACAAUUUCACGACUUUUACCGACACUGCACUUACAAGUUGUCUGUCAGACAAACAUCCUUUUUAUUUUGAAAACACAUCCAAAAAACAAGAAAACAAAAUCAAGAACAAGAAAUCAAGAAAAUAAAAUCUGGUCUCAAGUCAUUCCAAACUUCUUGGUCUACACCUUCUUCGUUCUUUCUUGUUCACCAAGCUCUCCCCAUUCGCCCGACUAGUGUAGCUCCGCCAUUUGAAACGGAAAAAAAAAGGUGGAAGAAGAGAGAAGCAAGAGAAGAAGGUUGGAGGAGGAAAAGAAGGUAAAAAUAAGAAACCUUAAAGAAGGGGAGAUCUAGAAAUGGAGAAAAGAGAAAGAGAAAGGGGAAGGGAUGAGGCUGUGUGAAAAGAUAAAAG